AUGGACAUAGCUAUCUUCUCUCCAUCAUCCCUCUUCUUCGGAGAAGAAGAUGACGACGCCCACACCAGCGUUGAGGAAAACGGAGAGAACCACGAAACCUAUGUUGAGAGGAAGCAUCAGUUUCCAGGAAUGGAGUUGAUUAUCCGAGAGUUUUCCUUUCAUCAAUUGAAUGCUAAUUUGCUUUGGCCUGGAACUUUUGCAUUUGCAGAAUGGUUAGUUCAACACAAAUCAUGCAUUGAAGGACGGCGUAUUCUUGAGUUGGGGAGUGGUACAGGUGCUUUGGCCAUAUUUCUUCAAAAAUCAUAUAAUAUUGAUAUUACAACUUCAGACUACGAUGAUCAAGAGAUAAUGGAAAACAUAGCUCAUAACUGUAGUGCAAAUGAUUUACCUGUCAUUCCUCAUAUUAAACAUACCUGGGGAGACAAGUUUCCUAAUUCUGACCCUGAUUGGGACCUGAUCAUUGCGAGUGACAUCUUAUUAUAUGUGAAGCAGUACCCCAAUUUGAUACAGACAAUUACAUUUCUUCUCAAAAGUUACAAACCUAGAGAUAUGACUACAGUUUCUCGAACCGGGAAUGAUGACACCAAUGGAGAUGUAGUGUUGCCUUGGCCAGCUUUUCUGAUGAGCUGGAGACGUAGAAUUGGAAAGGAAGAUGAAUCAAUUUUCUUCGACGGUUGUGAAAAAGCUGGUCUAGAAGUAAAUCAUAUUGGAUCCCGCGUAUAUUGCAUCAGUCUCAUUGAAAAUGAAGAAUCAAACAAAUGCUUGAAGAAAGAAGAUAAUGUUCAAGCUUCCUCAGGAAGAAAAUGA